AAACACCCGCUUAUCUCCGAGAAUACGAAGACUAUAAAGGCAAUAAAGCCUCUUUUUAUCAUUGCGACGAUUGUGCUACCCAAGCCUGCCGCUACUUUCGCCAAGAAGCCCGUGACCACCAACGAGUCCAAGAAGAGGCCAAGAAGAGAAAAGAGCAAGCCGAGCAAGCCCGAAAAGACCGAGAAUAUAAAUUAUCUCAUUGCCAACAAUGUGGCAAAAAAUCUAGCAUCUAUCACUACAUUUACGACAAAAAAACUGGUAAAUUAACCUCUAGUACUAGCAAUGCUACUGAUGCUGACAACCAAACCGGCUUAGCCAGUCAAACUGAGAUUUUGGAAGAGUUAAUUGCUAAACAUGAAGAAUUACAAAGAUUAUUAGCCGAAGAAUUAGAAAAAGAAACUCCUACUAUAAUUUGUGCCAAAUGCGGCCAAAAUAUAA